CUCGAUGCCGGCAUCAGUUGUAAACAAACAGUGUCCGUGAACAGCUGACGAAAAGCUGCGUGUGCGCCGCGUUUCGAAGUGUGUGUCGUAAGUGCGCGCGUGUGUAGUGCUGUGUGUAUGUGUGAAUUAUCCUUUUGAAUGUUCGUCCUACACGUGCAGUCGAAGUAUUUUAAGGUUUUGUUUGAUCGUCGAGCAGCUAAAAAAAUUGACCCAGCAAAAUGUUACGCAUAAUAGCCACGAUGUCUACGAGCUGUCGUUUAUCCCGAGGGUAUUGUGUAAGCCAGCACGGUACUACAGCAUCAUCAAAACGUCGUAUCAGCCCGUCCCUGAUCGACAUCGCACCGGAAGUGCGCGAAACCCUCCGACACACGCCACAGUUGGUAGUGGCAUUAGAAUCAACCAUCAUUACCCACGGAAUGCCGUAUCCGCACAAUCUCGACACGGCACUAGAGGUGGAGCAGAUCGUACGACAGCAGGGUGCAGUUCCCGCCACGAUAGCAAUUGUUGGAGGUCGCAUAAAGGUGGGCCUAGGGGCGGAUCAGUUGCGGUUGCUGGCCCGUAACGAUAGUGGAGCUCAAACGCUGAAAACGUCCCGCCGGGAUAUGGCGUACGUAAUGGCGACGGGUCGAAACGGUGGUACAACGGUGGCGGGUACACUGCUCGUCGCCGAUGCGGUUGGUAUACGUAUCUUUGCGACCGGUGGCAUCGGCGGAGUGCAUCGCGAAGGCGAACGGACGAUGGACGUUUCGGCGGACCUGAUUGAGCUGGGCCGCUGCCCGGUUGCGGUCGUAUCGAGCGGCGUUAAGUCAAUCCUGGACAUACCGCGUACGCUGGAAUACCUGGAAACUCAGGGCGUAUGCGUUACCACCUACGGCAGUGAGGACUGUGAAUUUCCUGCCUUCUAUACACGCUCGAGCGGGUCAAAGGCGGCCUACAAUCUUACCAGUGCAACCGUAGCUGCCGAGAUGCUUCACAUGAACCGUGCGCUUGGGCUCGGGUCAGGAAUUCUAAUUGGCGUGCCGAUACCGGAACGCUACGCAAUGGAUGCCACCGAGAUGAAUGCGGUAAUUGCAGAAGCGCUUCGGGACGCAGAGCGUAAACGAAUUUACGGCAAAGAAGUAACACCAUUCAUACUUUCUGCCGUGUCAGCGUUGACGCGUGGGAAAAGUCUCGAUGCAAAUAUGGCUUUGAUAAAAAAUAACGCACAAGUUGCCGCAGACAUUGCGGUGGAACUUGCGCGCAUCGAGAAUGGGUCUUCGCGGGAGAUGGAGAGUAAAGACGUUGGCUCGUUGCCUGCUGAUGGCGCUGGUGCUCCGCUCGUCAUCGGCGGUUCGGUAAUUGACAUUUGCAUCAACGUCUUGGAGGAUGACCUGAAGCUCGAUGGGGCCACGUACCAUGCCAGGCAGGACACAUCGGCCGGCGGAGUGGCCCGGAACAUUGCCGAAGGGAUUUACAAAAUUUAUGGUAACGUUAAUCUGAUUUCGGCGGUUGGCAACGAUCAAAAUGGGGCCCACAUUCGGGGGCUUCUGCCAGAACAUUGCGCAUCAUCGAUUGUCACGCUUGGCAACUGCCCAACGGCCAGCUUUACGGUGCUGCUCGAUCGGACGGGCGAUUGUCGGGUGGUCGUGGGUGAUAUGGAGGCCCACCAAGCCAUAACACCGGACUGGAUCAAAUCACAUACCGCAUUGAUACAGCAAUCGCCGAUGACUGUUAUUGAUGCAAACAUUAGUGAAGCAGCAAUGAUAACCGUGUUUGAAGAAUGUAUUCAUUACGACAGACCAGUUUUCUUCGAGCCCACGGAUAUGCGGAUUGCGGCAAGACCGUUCUACACCGGCCACACCAAACUGGCCAACCUCGCCAAACGUGCCAUCAAGUUCAUCUCGCCCAACAUCCACGAGCUGGCCGAAAUUGCCCGAGCGCUCCACUAUCCCGGUUCGAUUCCGACCAAAUCCAUGCACGAGUACGCCACGGUCAGCGAGCUGCUUGCGGACAUUAGACCGCUCGGGAUGUUUGUGAAUCGGACCAUCGAUCACGUGCUCGUUACGCUCGGCCAUCACGGUGCGGCGGUGUUUCGGCGUACCUCACCAUCGGUUCCAUUCUUCGAUGCGGUGCUCCACCAGUAUCGAGCAGCGCCGGAUGAUGAGUCGGACGCACAAGGACGCUUCUAUCCCGGUCGCAAACAUACCAAAAUCGUGAACGUCUCCGGUGCGGGUGAUAGUUUCAACAGUGGAUUCAUCGUGGCUGCACUUGCGGGAUGUUCGGAACCGGUGUGCAUGAAUGUGGCACUCGAAGCGGCCGGGUGUGCUCUGCAGGCACGCGGUGCGGUUGCGAAUCAAUACUUCAACCGAACGCAUCCCUGCUGGGUGAAUGAACGGGGAGCCCCAUUUCAACCGCUUUAGACCAAUAGGGUACAACAUUCGGGAGUUUUUUGCGGACUAGUCGAAGGAGGAAAAACGAUUUCUAUGUUUUUACCACACCACAAGUGUGCCAUACGAAUCCACAAUGAUUGGAAAGUAAGCGCCUACAAUAUAAUCUUAGCGUAAGAAAAAAAUGAGUUCCCCCUCGCUUGAGUAGCAACUUCGGUUUGGUGGAGGGGACUUUUAAUGUGAACCACCGAAGUUGGAAGCGACCGUACAUGCCAACCCAACAUGCCAAACAAUUCCAACGCUUGCUCGGUCGAGACGGUUCUAUAGUGAGUGGGGCAUUGUGUUUUGUUCUAGUGUUAUGCAAUGCCCUGAAGCGAACAAAAUCCGCAUCCAAGUAAUCACAGACGAUAGUUUUCCCACACUGCUAGCGGGUAGUGGUUGGAAAGGCAGAGAGAGAGGUUGGCAUGGCGAGAUAUAUUUAUGAUCCGAUGCCAGAUAGAACGGCGCAAGUAACAUGAUAGCAUUCAACGUGACAUUCACAAACACAAACCAAUUAAUUCCGAUUUAAAUGUUUUAAGAUGUGAAACAAUUCCUUUUUCCAACCUUACACAAACAGUACAUUUAACGCAAAAAAAAAUGCUCCGUUAGAAGGGGUGCAUCAGUUUUAGCAGUACACCGAUUAAAACAUGGGACAGCAUAUGUAAAUAUCUACGAGGAAAUAAAUAGAGGUUUCUCAUUAAAAACCGC